AUGGCGAGCUCGCUGUUCCUGGUGGGAGAGAUCGGCGCCAACGACUACAACCACCCCUUCUUCCAAAACAAAACAGUCGAGUGGGUCAGGCCCAUCGUGCCCCAGGUCAUCAGGUCCAUCGCUCUCUCCAUCGAGGCCUUGAUCGAGCUGGGCGCCAAGACCAUGUACGUGCCAUGCAUCUUCCCGCUGGGGUGCACCCCACGAUUCCUCUUACUCUUCCCCGGCGACAACCGCGACCCUGCCACGGGCUGCCUCCGGCGGCUCAACGACCUUGUCCUCGUCCACAACCGCAUGCUGAAAGCCAAGCUCGAGGAGCUCCGCCGCGACCACGCUGGCGUGUCGAUCACCUACGUCAACACCUACGACGACGUGCUCACCCUCAUCACCAAACCUGCAUUGAACGGGUUCGCUGUGGAGACAGUGCUGAAGGCGUGCUACCCCGUCUUGGACGUUGGGCCGGCGGCGGUGCCGUGCCCGGACCCGUCGAUGUACGUGUCGUUCGAUGGCCUGCACAUGACAGAGGCGGCGUACAAGAUCAUGGACCGCGGGGUGCUCGAUGGCCCGUCCGCCGCGCCACCCAUCUUGUCCACGUGCAACCACACCUGCUAG